CAAUAUCUCGGGUUUCUCCGAAAUCAGCCGAGCUAAUAAGCUUAUUGAAAAGUUUUAUCAAAUAAUUUGCAAUUGAAUUAAUACAUGGACAAGAAUAGAAUUUAAAUAUUUAGUAUACCUUUAAAUAAAAAAACAUUGAGCAAUAUUACUUUCACUUCUCAUUUGCAGCCUUCUUACGUACAUGUACUAACAAAGAUCCCUGAAAAUGCUAAAAUGUUACCUGAAUUGGCGGACAUGUUCAUUACGCUCUAUCCGCACCUCCUCUAUGAAGCGUUUUGUGCUUUCCUCCCCCUCCCAGCCAGCCAGCCAGUAAGUGCGCAUGUCACCUUUACCCUGCAAAGUCAACACAGAACAUUAAGCUAUGGCUGGGACAUUUGAUUAUUCAUGUAAAACUUAUUUGUAUGAUGCAAUUGAAGCAAUGACAGAAUAUUAGACUUGGUAUCUGUGAUAUAUUUAAAUGCUUGCUUUAUAAAAUUCAUAAUGCAUUUUUUUUGUAAAAGUAUUUUUUCUGUCCAUUCCUUUUGCAGUCAUUUAACACUUAUUUUGAGUUUGGAUUCAUAGAAAUUAAACCCAUGGGGACAUUAAAAGUAAUUUAACAAUAACAAUUUUCUUUGUCUACAGAUGCAAUCCACAGGGCUCAUGUAUGAGUUUAUCUUAGUUUCCCAAUCAAAGGUUGCAUUUUCAAUGUGUAAAAUGGAAGCCAGGCUCUCAAUUUUGAGUCUGCAUGAUUGUAUUCUUGAAGCCAAUAAAUUUGCCUCCAUGCCUGUAUCAGCCAAAACCACACCAUCCAGGAAUUGGUGGCAUAUGGUCAAUUACAGGGCUGGCAAGGCAUGACAAGAGGCAGUCAUUCAGAUCUAAAUCUACAUCCCUUGAAGUCUGCACUUAAGCAUUACACUUCAACUUGAAAUGUUGUUUAUAUUGAGUUUUGUAUGUUUUAGCAGUUUUAGCAGAUUUUCUAUUUCACAAUCAAGAUAGAAUAUGCUGAUUUUUGGAGUUAAUACAAUAUGUUGGACUUGUACAACUCAAUUAUUUUUAAAAGUGUCAGAAAUGCCCUUGCGACAGAUUAUCUCCCUUGUCCUGACUCUCCUGUCCAUGGAGGUCUGUUCUCAGCAGCCACCAAGCCUCUGCAGCACUAUGCAGUACCGGUCCCUGUCCCCUGAACUGCAGAAUGAGCACCAGUGCAUGGUCCUAGAGAGGCUUCAGCUAGACUUCAACGAUGAAUCCAGACAGCUCAAAGAGCAAUACCAGAAUCUUUACAACAUAGUGAACAAGUUCCAACACCAGAUGCUCCGAAGUAUUGAAGGCUUGAAGCUCCCCACUAGAGACAGUGCACAGUCCAUUCCUUCACUAAGGGACAUACCCCUAGUCAGAGACUGCAACGAGUUGUACCAGAAUGGAAUACUUAUUUCAGGGGUGUACCCAAUACGUCUACCCAACCGACAGCUUCUAAAUUUGUGGUGUGACAUGACAACGGCCAACGGCGGGUGGACUGUGCUGCAACGUCGCAUGAACGGUUCAGUGAACUUCACACGCAAUUGGGAGGAUUACGCAUUCGGCUUUGGGAACGUCAACACAGAAUACUGGAUCGGGAACGAGCACUUGUACCGUCUGUCAAACAGCAACAACUACACGUUGCGUAUUGAGAUGUGGGACUGGGAGGGGAAACAGUCAUAUGCAGAGUACGACAGCUUCCAGGUAGACAGCGAGCAGCUCCAGUAUGCGCUGCACAUCGGUGGAUACACUGGCACAGCUGGAGAUGCACUGAGCAAGUACCAUAACAACAUGCCCUUCAGCACUGUGGACCAAGACAACGACCAGUGGCACCUAAGCUGCGCCCAAAAGGACCAGGCGGGAUGGUGGUACAAGGCAUGUGGCUUUUCUUCCCUCAACGGCCUCUAUAUUGAAAAUAGCACAGUGGACCUUGCCCCAGAUGGCAUUUAUCAGGGUAUCAUCUGGUAUCAGUGGAAGAAUACCUAUGCCUACUCCAUGAAAAGAACAGAAAUUAAGAUAAAACCUGUUGUUCAAGUAAAGCUAGAUCGCUUAAUUGACAAAAAGUUUAGAGCUAAGAACAAGGCUGAUAAAACUAAAGAUAAAGAAUCUAGCACUGAUAUUUCUGGUACAGUUACAGCAAACCCACCAGUCACACCAGUCUCAACAAAGGUAACAACAGAUUUUGAAAACUUGGAGGAGUAUGAUGAUGAAGAUGACUUUAUAACUUAACUUUCUGCAGUUUUGUUAGUGUAUUUAUGAGGAAAUGUAUGAUUGAAAAUAAGUGAUUUGGUGUUAACAUUACCAUUUAUAGUGCUAAAAUGUGGGAUAUUACACUUCAAAACAAUUCAAAAUAUUUUGAUGUUUAGUUUAUGUGAAUAGCUGUGAUAAAAAAGCAUAGACUGUGUUGGGAUUCACUGCAUCUGUAGCUAAACAUGUUAGUUGAUUUUCUUUAAUUUCUUUCUUUUCAAGUCUUCUUUUCUAUUUUGUUUUGUCUUUAUUUUAUAAUGAGAUAUCAUUUGCUUACCAGGAAAGUAAUCUGAAAAAAAUGUGAAUGCUGUUUUUUAUAUAUAUUGACAUAAUACUCUCUAAUUUUUCUACAAACAAAGAACUUUAUUCUCUUACUUGACAAUAAAAUAUUAAUACAACAGAAAUUGUCACUCAAGCAUAGUAAAAUGUAAUUGAGCAUUGCUUUGGAAAAACCUGGUUUAAUGCACCUGCUUUAAAGUCCCCGUUCAAGGAAUAGAUCGUUGUUUUGCAAAUAAAUCACAUAGCGAGAAAUAAACUU